AUGGCGAUGUUAGUAAUUUGCCGGCGUCUAACUAGUCGUCCUCAGGCGGCGGCGUCCCUGUCGGCGAGCUUCCGGUGGUACUCCACGUCCUUUAGAGAAGAAAGAGAUACCUUUGGCCCCAUUCAAGUUCCAUCUGAUAAAUUAUGGGGCGCUCAAACUCAAAGAUCCUUGCAGAACUUUGAAAUUGGAGGAGACCGGGAAAGGAUGCCCGAACCAAUUAUCCGCGCCUUUGGGAUUCUUAAGAAAUGUGCUGCAAAGAUAAACAUGGAAUAUGGCCUCGAUCCCUCCAUAGGCAAAGCAAUAAUGCAAGCUGCACAGGAAGUCGCUGAGGGAAAAUUAAACGAUCACUUCCCCUUGGUUGUUUGGCAAACUGGCAGUGGUACUCAGAGUAACAUGAAUGCCAAUGAGGUUAUUGCCAAUAGAGCAGCUGAAAUUCUUGGGCACGGGCGUGGUGAAAAAAUUGUCCAUCCAAAUGACCAUGUGAACAGAUCGCAAUCUUCGAACGACACAUUUCCAACAGUAAUGCACAUAGCAGCUGCAAUGGAAGUCAGUUCAAGAUUAAUACCAAAACUGAAACAGUUGCACACAACACUUAAUUCAAAGUCUAUCGAAUUCAAUGACAUCGUAAAAAUUGGCCGCACUCACACACAAGAUGCCACACCCCUGACACUUGGACAAGAAUUUAGUGGGUAUACCACCCAGGUGAAGUACGGUAUAGAUCGAGUCUCUUGCACCCUCCCUCGCAUGUAUCAGCUGGCACAGGGGGGGACUGCUGUGGGAACUGGUUUGAACACGAAGAAAGGGUUUGAUGCAAAGAUUGCUGCAGCAGUAGCUGAGGAAACUAAUUUGCCAUUUGUGACAGCUGAAAACAAAUUUGAAGCACUGGCUGCGCAUGAUGCUUUUGUUGAAACAAGUGGUGCCUUAAACACAAUUGCUGCCUCGCUCAUGAAGAUAGCAAAUGAUAUACGUUUCUUAGGAAGUGGUCCACGAUGUGGCCUUGGAGAACUCAUACUUCCUGAAAACGAACCUGGAAGCAGUAUAAUGCCGGGAAAGGUGAACCCUACACAGUGUGAGGCUCUCACAAUGGUUUGUGCUCAGGUCAUGGGCAAUCAUGUGGCUAUUACAGUGGGGGGCUCAAAUGGCCAUUUUGAGCUGAAUGUGUUUAAGCCUGUUAUUGCCAGUAAUCUGCUACAAUCAUUGAGACUGCUAGGUGAUGCGUCUGCUUCAUUUGAAAAGAAUUGUGUCAGGGGAAUUCAAGCCAACAGGGAAAGAAUUGCUAAAUUGUUGCAUGAGUCUCUCAUGCUUGUUACAUCUUUAAAUCCGAAAAUCGGAUAUGAUAACGCUGCAUUAGUUGCCAAGACAGCUCACAAGGAAGGAAGUACCUUGAAGAAUGCUGCCUUAAAACUAGGCGUGCUCAAUUCCGAAGAAUUCGAUCAGCUUGUUGUGCCAGAAAAGAUGAUUGGCCCGUCAGACUAA